AUGGCGUCCAAGAUUGACGACUCUUUCAAUGCACCAGAGGACUCGGGCGUCCCUCAGUGCCAGUGUCCGACUCCUCUACAAGCAGCGGGGGGAAUUCCGACGACCACUCCACCCUAUCCUCCUCCGCCCUUGCCCCCAAGAAUAGGAAACUCCAAGGCUGCUGCUACAUCUUCUUCUUUUCCAGAAGAUGUACACUCUCAGGACCAAACGCGACCUACACUGGGCAAGAAUGCGCCAUCGGCAAGCCUUGGCAGACUCAAGAAAGCGAAAGCGCUUUUCAGAAACAUCAAGAAGGACAAGUCUGAUCGGCCACGCACUCCCGGCCGAAAUCCGGGCGCCAUCCACUGGAUUUCCACUGGAGACUAUGGAAUGAAGCAUCGCUUCUUUCAAAGACAGUUUGACGAGUCAGACGCCCGCAAAAAGGCACAAUACAAUGACUGCAAGAUGUCCUUCCAACUACGACACAAGAUGUCGUCUUGGAACUAG